GUGACAAUUAAUCUCUCUUCACUGGAAAGUAGAAACCCUCAUCAUAGAAGUCUCUGGAACCCGAGCUGCCUCACUCUUACCACCUUCAUAAAGCCCACUCAACGCUUCAUUCUCAUUAACUUUAAUCUCCCUUUAUCUCUCUAUCUAGAUCUUUCCUUGUAUUUUUAGCAAACUAAGAGAGCCAUGGAUGAAGACUUCGAUAUUCCAGCUGCCAAUGAGAUGAUGGACGAGGACAUGGAUCUUCCUGGCGAUGCUCCGAUUUUGAAGGUGGGUGAAGAGAAGGAGAUCGGCAACCAAGGACUCAAAAAGAAGCUCCUCAAGGAGGGUGAAGGCUGGGACACUCCUGACAACGGCGAUGAAGUUGAAGUUCAUUACACUGGAACUUUGCUGGAUGGCAGUAAGUUUGAUUCCAGUCGUGAUAGGGGCACGCCUUUCAAGUUCACGCUUGGUCAAGGAAGUGUUAUCAAAGGAUGGGACCUGGGUAUUAAGACGAUGAAGAAAGGUGAAAAUGCACUUUUCACCAUUCCUUCUGAGCUUGCUUAUGGUGAGUCGGGUUCACCACCAACCAUUCCUCCUAAUGCAACACUUCAGUUCGAUGUUGAAUUGCUGUCUUGGACUAGUGUCAAGGACAUUUGUAAGGAUGGUGGGAUUUUCAAAAAGAUUCUCGUUGAAGGAGAGAAAUGGGAGAAUCCAAAGGAUCUGGACGAAGUGUUAGUGAAUUAUGAAGCAAGACUGGAGGAUGGUACAGUUGUUGCAAAAGCAGAUGCUGUAGAGUUUACAGUCAAAGAUGGUCAUUUCUGUCCUGCAUUGUCGAGUGCUGUUAAGACAAUGAAGAAGGGAGAGAAAGUGCUUCUUACAGUGAAGCCACAAUAUGGAUUUGGAGAAAAGGGAAAACAUGCUUCGGGCAAUGAAGGUGCAGUUCCACCAAAUGCCAAUCUUCAGAUUGCUUUGGAGUUAGUUUCAUGGAAGACUGUGUCCGAUGUAACUGAUGACAGGAAGGUUAUCAAGAAGAUCCUGAGAGAAGGGGAGGGAUAUGAGCGUCCCAAUGAUGGAUCAGUUGUUAAAGUGAAAUUGAUUGGGAAACUGCAAGAUGGUACAGUGUUUUUGAAAAAGGGCCAUGGUGAGGAAGAGGAACUGUUUGAGUUUAAGACAGAUGAAGAACAAGUUAUUGAGGGGCUUGAUAGAGCCAUGAUGACAAUGAAGAAAAAUGAGGUAGCUCUGCUGACUAUAGCACCGGAGUAUGCUUUUGGCUCAUCUGAGUCAAAGCAGGACCUGGCUGUGGUACCUCCUAACUCAACUGUGUACUAUGAGGUUGAGCUGGUGUCAUUUGCCAAGGAGAAGGAAUCAUGGGACAUGAACACCCAGGAAAAGAUUGAAGCUGCUGGUAAGAAGAAGGAAGAAGGCAAUACAUUGUUCAAGGCAGGCAAAUAUGCAAGAGCCUCAAAGAAAUAUGAAAAGGCUGUGAAGUACAUUGAGUAUGAUUCUUCCUUCAGUGAAGAGGAGAAAAAGCAGGCAAAGGCACUGAAGGUUGCUUGCAAUCUGAAUGAUGCUGCUUGCAAGCUAAAAUUGAAAGAAUACAAGCAGGCAGAAAAAUUGUGCACCAAGGUGCUUGAGUUGGAGAGUAGAAAUGUUAAAGCCCUGUAUAGAAGGGCACAGGCAUACAUUCAUAUGUCGGAUUUGGAUUUGGCCGAGUUUGAUAUCAAGAAAGCACUUGAGAUUGAUCCUGACAACAGGGAUGUCAAGCAGGAAUACAAAACUUUGAAGGAGAAGCUGAAGGAAUUCAACAAAAAGGAGGCCAAGUUUUACGGCAACAUGUUUGCCAAGAUGAGUAAAUUGGGCUCUGAGUCUAAUAAAGCAGAAGCUAAGGAGGCAGAGCCCAUGAGCAUUGACAGCAAGGCAUAAAUGGAGUCAAAAAAAUCUAAUUUUUCUUGGUCUUUCGGCCUAGAUAAUAAGACCAAGAAUGGAAAGUUGUGUUGGACCUUUUAUUGCCUGUGAAACUGACCAUAAUUUUAUCAA